CUAGUGGAGGCCGGCCGAGGUGGGCGGUGGCCCCGUGGCGACAGCCGGCGUGAGCCUGCUGGGUCACGGGAUAGAUCGUCGAGAGAGUGGCAUGAGGCGCCGCCCCGACACGGUGUGCUCUUUGCGGAUGGAGAGAAUGGCGCGCCAGGGGAGAGGCGUCGGGAGGCGCAUGGAGCUGCAUGCAGUACGGCCCCGCUACAGAGUGUGUACAGAGAGAGAGAGAGAGGAGACAGUCGAUUUACAGUUGGGCUGACCAAGGAAAUGGCAAGUAAAUGGCGCGGAAAAGAAAAAAAACUAAGCGUUGGUCC